AACUUGGUCUCCCAAGAAGAGGAUGUUAUUUGGUCUUUGGAUUUAUGUACAAGGAGAAGUAUCGGCGAAUGACUGAAGGCCCAGCAUCUUCUUUUACCCAGCAACCUCAGGACCAGGUGGUGAUUGCUGGCCAGCCUGUGACCCUCCUGUGUGCUAUUCCCGAAUACAAUGGAAUUGUGCUCUGGAUUAAAGAUGGACUUGCCCUGGGAGUAGGAAGGGAUCUCUCCAGUUACCCACGCUAUUUGGUUGUGGGGGAUCAUCUCUCAGGGGAGCAUCACCUGAAGAUCCUGAGAGCAGAUCUCCAAGACGAUGCUGUGUACGAGUGCCAAGCCAUUCAAGCAGCCAUCCGUUCCAGACCAGCCCGGCUGACCGUUCUUGUACCUCCAGAUGAUCCAAUCAUUAUUGGAGGACCUAUCAUCAGCCUGCGAGCUGGAGAUCCACUGAAUCUUACCUGUCAUGCUGACAAUGCCAAACCAGCAGCAUCUAUCAUUUGGAUGAGGAGGGGAGAAGUAAUCAAUGGAGCAACCUAUUCCAAGACGGUAGUCCGUGAUGGCAAGAGAGAAAGCAUCAUGAGCACACUUUUUGUCUCUCCAUCCGACAUUGAAAAUGGCCAGAUCAUCGUCUGCCGGGCUACCAACAAGGCUGUUCCCAGUGGAAAAGAGACUUCUGUCACCAUCGACAUCCAACAUCCACCUCUCGUCAAUCUGUCAGUAGAACCUCAGCCUGUCCUUGAAGACAACACGGUAAAGUUUCACUGCUCUGCUAAAGCCAAUCCAGCAGUCACCCAGUACAGGUGGGCCAAGAAAGGUCACAUUAUAAAGGAAGCAUCAAGCGAUGCUUAUGAGACCAUUGUUGACUACACCUAUUUUUUUGAACCUGUCUCCUGUGAGGUAACCAAUGCUCUGGGCAGUACCAACAUCAGCAGAACAGUCGACGUCUAUUUUGGGCCACGCAUGAUGACAGAGCCACAGUCUCUUCUUGUUGAUCUUGGAUCAGAUGCCAUAUUUAAUUGUGCCUGGAUUGGAAACCCAUCUCUGACCAUCGUCUGGAUGAAGCGGGGCUCUGGCGUGGUCCUGAGCAACGAGAACACAUUAACAUUAAAAAACGUGCGGCAAGAGGAUGCUGGGAAAUAUGUGUGCCGGGCUGUGGUUCCACGUGUGGGUGCAGGAGAGCGGGAAGUGUCUCUGACUGUCAAUGGACCACCUAUAAUCUCCAGCACCCAGACCCAGCAUGCUCUCCAUGGAGAAAAGGGCCAGAUCAAAUGCUUCAUCCGCAGCACACCUCCACCAGAUCGAAUUGCCUGGUCAUGGAAGGAAAAUGUCUUGGAGUCUGGCACCUCGGGGCGAUACACAGUAGAAACUGUCAGCACAGAUGAAGGUGUCAUCUCUACGUUAACCAUCAGCAACAUCGUCCGGGCUGACUUCCAGACCAUUUACAACUGCACUGCCUGGAACAGUUUUGGUUCUGACACUGAGAUCAUACGUUUGAAAGAACAAGGUACGGAAAUGAAGUCAGGAGCUGGUAUGGAAACAGAGUCAGUGCCCAUGGCCGUCAUCAUAGGCGUGGCCGUUGGAGCUGGUGUUGCUUUCUUGGUCCUGAUGGCCACCAUUGUGGCUUUCUGUUGCGCUCGUUCCCAGAGAAAUCUGAAAGGGGUAGUUUCAGCCAAGAAUGAUAUCCGUGUUGAGAUUGUUCACAAGGAGUCUGCCUCAAGCAGAGAAACUGAGGAACACUCAACAAUCAAGCAGCUAAUGAUGGACAGGAGUGAGUUCCAGCAGGAUUCAGUGCUUAAACAACUGGAGGUGCUCAAGGAGGAAGAGAAGGAGUUUCAGAAUUUGAAGGACCCCACGAAUGGUUAUUACAGUGUGAACACCUUCAAGGACCACCACUCCACUCCCACCAUUUCUCUCUCAGGUUGCCAGCCAGAUUUGAGGCCAGCCAACAAGCAGCGUGUGCCAACAGGCAUGUCCUUCACCAACAUCUACACAACCCUGAGUGGGCAGAACCGUCUCUAUGACUACAGCCAGCGCUUCAUCUUAGGCAUGGGGAGCAGUUCCAUCGAGCUGUGUGAACGGGAAUUCCAGCGGGGUUCCAUGAGCGACAGCAGCUCUUUCCUCGACACGCAGUGCGAUAGCAGCGUCAGCAGCAGCGGGAAGCAAGAUGGCUACGUACAGUUUGACAAGGCCAGCAAAGCUUCAGCCUCAUCUUCCCACCAUUCACAGUCCUCCUCUCAAAACUCAGACCCUACUCGGCCCCUGCAAAGGAGGAUGCAGACCCACGUGUGAAAGGGCAGGACAAAACUGGAAAUGGAAGAGAUGGGGAGGGAAAGCAGGAUAGGAUACACUGAGAAGCAGGACAAGAGACCACCUGAGCUGAAUCCUGGCCCUGCUGAAGUCAGCCAAUCCUGGGGGGACAGAGGCGGUUUGACAAGUUUAUUUGUGUUCUAGUGACCUUUAGC